AUGUUGGCGGCUCUACGAUCCCGGUCACUCUCUCUCUACUCUUCACCUUCUUCAUCUAUCCUUCAACAAUGGAAGCUAGGGUUUCCUGUUCUGGAGCGCGCCUUCUCCUCAUCCCCCAACAGAGGCCUUCUUGAUCUCCAAGAGGUCGAGAAGGUUCUCAGCGACGUCAAGGCGGACGACGUCAAAGUCAUUCCAGCAAACGACCUCUGUGAAUGGGCCGAUUUCAUGGUUCUCGCCACCGGAAAGUCCGCAUGGCACGUCAAGAACAUUGCUCAAGCCCUAAUUUACAAGGUAGGUCCCAUUUCUUUUGUUUUCAAUAGCUUCGAGUUUGUGUUUAGUUUCCGAGAAUCGGAGGGAAACGGAAGAGGGUAG